UCCCUCUCCAGCAGACAGUGGUCGCUGCACGGACGGAUCAGGAUGGAUUUAUAGUACUCGGGGUCGCAACGUUAUGAAUCUCAUAAAAUAUUUGUUUAUCGGUUGUGGAGUGUAUUUUUUUGAGAACCUGCGUGAUUUGUUUACUCACUGUACUCUGUUGAAUACGUAAGAACGACAGAGGUGUAGUGUUUUAGCGAGCAUCUUGUUUUGUUAAAGAAGGCCGCACAGGCCUCGGAUUUUCCCAAACAUUCCGUCCGGCAUGUAGCACUCGGCCCACGGGACACUAGCAGCACUCUACACACGGUGCCCAACCAUGGUAUGCACCUAGUGCCCUGACUGCAGCUGUCAUCGUAGCAAAGCAUUUUUAUCGGUUGAUCAAGAGAUGUUCCCACUGCCAUCUACAAGGCUGAUGAUAAACCACUUUAGAGUAAAGCUGACGACUAAUUGAACUGUGUUGCCUGUCGUAAAAGGAGCAAUACCAAGUUAAAGACUUUUUGUACAUUGACUUUGGCUAGAGAUUUCAGAAUGGCAUCUGUUCCCGUUUAUUGCCUCUGUCGCCUCCCAUAUGAUGUCACUCGAUUCAUGAUCGAGUGUGAUGUUUGUCAGGACUGGUUUCAUGGAAGUUGUGUUGGUGUGGAAGAGGACAAAGCAGCAGAUAUUGACCUGUAUCAUUGUCCUAACUGCCAGGUGACACAUGGACCCUCUGUUAUGCGUAAACGGCGAGGUGGUGUCAAGCACACAGACGCUGGAGGGAGAGACUCAGGACGACCUGUUAAAACCGGCAGCGCUCAGUUUGUCAGGGAGUUACGCAGUCGCACGUUUCCUAGUGCUGAUGAAGUCCUCCUGAAGCCGACAGGAGCCCAGCUAACAGUCGAGUUUCUCGAGGAACGUUCCUUUAGUGUCCCAGUCCUGGUUCUCAGGAGAGAUGGCUUGGGCAUGAAUCUGCCCCCGUCCUCUUUCUCUGUAACAGAUGUGGAGCAUUAUAUCGGUGGUGAAAAGGAAAUCGAUGUGAUUGAUGUCAACCGCCAAGCAGACUUAAAGAUGAAAUUGGGAGAGUUUGUUGAGUACUAUAACAGUCCAAACAGAGACCGAGUGCUCAAUGUGAUCAGUCUGGAGUUUUCAGACACAAGGUUGUCAAAUCUGGUGGAGACACCAAAGAUAGUUAGGAAGCUGUCAUGGGUGGAGAACCUCUGGCCGGAGGAAUCUGUCUUUGAGAGGCCAAAUGUGCAGAAAUACUGCCUGAUGGGGGUGAAAGACAGUUACACAGACUUUCACAUCGACUUUGGAGGAACCUCUGUGUGGUACCACGUACUCCGGGGUGAGAAGAUUUUUUACCUCAUUCGUCCCACCGCUGCUAACCUGGCCCUUUUUGAGCGCUGGAGUUCAUCCUCCAAUCAGAAUGAGUUGUUUUUUGGAGAUCAGGUAGACAUGUGCUACAAAUGUUCACUUAAGCAAGGCAACACCCUCUUCAUCCCAACAGGGUGGAUUCAUGCUGUGCUGACCCCUGUGGACUGUUUGGCAUUUGGGGGAAAUUUUCUUCACAGCCUCAAUAUUGACAUGCAGCUUCGUGCAUAUGAAAUAGAGAAGCGCCUGAGCACAGCAGACUUGUUCAGUUUUCCAAACUUUGAGACGGUGUGCUGGUACGUCGGAAAGCAUUUGCUGGACACUUUUAGAGGUCUGAGAGAGAAUCGGCGCCAUCCUGCCACUUACUUGGUCCAUGGGGCCAAAGCCCUCAAUAAUGCUUUUCGUACCUGGACACGGAAGGAGUCCUUGGCUGAGCAUGAACAAGAGAUUCCAGAGAACAUAAAGACCCAGCAGCUAAUAAAGGACCUAGCUAAAGAGAUACGCCUGGUUGAGGAUAUCUUCCAGCAAAAUAUUGGCAGGAGCGGUACACCCUUUCUUGGCUCGCAGGGUCUUCCCUCUCCUCACCCCAAAGCACUAUUAAACACUUCCCUCACUUCUGGUCGACCGCCAGGUAAAAAGAGAGGCCCGAAGCCGAAGGACGGGUUUGGAGGAGGGGGCUUAGGUCCUCUAGGAGUGAAGAAAAAGAGCCAGAAAGGAAAAGAGAUCAAGACAGAAGCCGGAGAGCUGGAUCUGCUCGAGAUUCAUACUAAACACACGCUCAAAAAGUUCCAGCCAGGGUGCAAGGUCAAAAAGAGCAAGCUUGAGCUACCUGAUGACUGUCUAGAUGACUUUGAAGAGACGAUCAACAAAAGCAAGCUCAAACUUGUGUUGAGUAAUGGAAAGAUUCAAGGGAAGAAGGGUUUUGCUGGUAGCGCUAAUGGAGCGGGGAGUUCACUACAGCAGUUCCAGCCUCACAUGAGUACUUUGUCUGACUUUGAUUCAGAAGAUGAGCUUCAGAUUGAUGAAGCCCCUCCACCUCGACGUAGACCAGCUCUACCAAGCAAGAAAAAAAUAGCUGGUCUACCAAGGAAACUACCUCGGGCCAAACCAUGCAGCGACCCCCAUAGAAUUCGUGAGCCAGGAGAAGUGGACUUUGAUAUUGAGGAGGAUUACACCACAGAUGAAGAGAUGCUCACAGUGCAGGGUGUGAAAGGGGGAGCAGGUGGGAUUUUAGACUUGCUCAAAGCAAGCAAACAGGUGGCGGGUCUGGAUUCAGCACUGAGUGAGGAAGCACCAGCAUCCCCCAGCACCCGAGAUGCUAUCCAGGGCAUGCUUUCUAUGGCCAACCCUCCAUCUUCCUCAUCCUCUUCCUCCUCUUCCUCUCCUCUUUCUGUCUCUGGAGGAGGAGAGAUGCUGGGGCUCAUGAAGGAGAGAGGCAGAGGUGGAUGGGUAAGUGGUGGAGUGAAGAAAAGCGAGAAAAAGGCCACCAUUGAGAGGCCGGGCAAAAGGACAAUCAAACGUCCCGCAAGGCACCUCAGUGAUGAAGAUAGCCUGGAUGAGCAGGAGACGCUGGGGACCUGCUUUAAAGACUCUGAUUAUGUGUAUCCAUCACUAGAAUCUGAUGAAGAGGACCACAUAAGCAAGUCUAAAAUGAAAAGAAAGCGAAAUUGGGACGAUACACCUUGGAGUCCUAAAGCUCGUGUGACCCCUACACUGCCCAAGCAGGAGAGACCAGUAAGAGAGGGUGUCAGGGUGGCAUCUGUCGAAACUGGGCUUGCGGCUGCUGCUGCCAAGUUGGCACAGCAGGAACAACAGAAAACUAUAACCAAACGAAAAUACACAAAGAAGAAAGUCUCUCAGGAGAAAGUACAUUCUGCAGCUGUCCAACUCCAGCAUCAACCAGACUCUGCUCCUGUUUCUCCUCUUUUGCCUUCUGAGCCUCCAGUGGACUGCAUUGUUGAGGACCGGAGGGUAGAGAUGUAUUCUGCCAGCUUGAUGGACCAUGAGUACACGGCAGGACCGGGUCUGUUCAGCCCAGGAGGGCCAAGAGGCACCGGUGCUAUGGCACCUGGUGUGUUCCUUACUUCAAGGCGGCCCUCACUCUCUCCCCAAAACAGCAGCAGCUACUCUCCUUCUCCCCUAUCACCUGGUGCACUCGGUUCGCCGACAUCGGGAGGAUCUUGCCAAGGGAAACGUCCAAAGAAAGGACUUGCAACAGCUAAACAGAGACUGGGAAAGAUCCUGAAAAUACAUAGAAAUGGCAAGCUUCUACUGUGAGAGGUCACUCUAGAUGAUAACAUGAAGAGAGGAGACUGCAGGGAACAAUAAGGAUGGGAAAAGACUAAAAUGAUGACUGACAGAUUUUGGUGUUCAAAUUUUUCAUUAUUCAAUAAAAAGGUAACUUGCAGUAAGAACAAUUCUGAAGGGAAAUCCUAGUCAUGUAGAGCAGUUGGCUUUUAGCAUGGUGUUGUAGAAUAGAAAUUUUGUUUAAUAAGCAAACAGAUGAACAUUAAUUUAUGGAUGAUGGUGAGGGAUUCAUCCUUUCACGUUUCCAUCAAUUGGUCUUUACCUCUAAAAAUCUACUUUUGGGUAUGUGUACACUCCUCUCUUUUUCCCUUAAGCCGUUUAUGUAUCAUAUUUAUUAAAUGACCUCAGUUGUAACAUUGUACAUUUCUAGAAAAAAGCAGAAUGCUCAGAAGCACUUGAUGUUAGAUCAAAUUGUUACCUACAGCAAUCGCAAAUGGAUAGAUCACAUUGUUCAAGUUGAUCUGAUCACUCGGUAUUUGUAUAUUUGACUUCCCACCAAUAUGAUGUUGAUGGUUGUUUAAAUUGUCAAAUGGAUGAGAGAAGAUUUUUCAAUACAUCAAGUUUGAAAUUUGUAAAUGUGCAUCAACAGCUCCUGAAGCCAUCUUUAUCAUUUGUUUACUUUCUUUAUGUAGUAUGUGCUAAUAUCAUAUUAUUUUAUAUUAUAGAAGGCAAUUUGAUAAACCGUUGACCAUCGUUUCUGUAGAUUAAGUCCUGUAGUGGUCUUUUGCUUGUUGAAGAAUGGUUUUUAUCUUAGUGUACUAACACAUUUUUAUCAACAAUUGUAUUUAGAUGUGUAUAUGUUUUAAGUUUGUUUUUGUUUUAUUACAGCAUGGGCAGUAAUGUUCUGCCAUUGUUUGGCCAGCAUUAGAUAAAAAAAUUUUUGUUGGUUUUCCCAUAUAUGUCCAAGUAAAACCGUAGACAGCUGGGUUUGAGAACAUCUGAGGAUUUGGGGAGUUCAGUGUACAGAUUGUUUUUUGUUUAUGGAAGAAAGAUUUUAUUGCAUUUAAGUCUUUCUUGACACACCUUGUAUAAAAAUGUCUAGCAUACGUUUAGUCUGUUUUAUUUGUAUAGGGUAAUUAUGAUGUUUUUUCACUGAUGCUUAUAAUAUUAGCAAUGUGAUAAAGUUAAUGUAUUUUA